GGUACCUGUUGGGAGAGACUUUUAAACCCUGCAGCACCUGUGGCUGAACAGCUCCAGAAGGGAUCCGCAGCACAACACAGCCAGCCUUCGUUCUGCAAACACAGGCAAGUGCAGUCACUGUUAUGGGAAAUACACAGUUCACUCCAAAAGACCCUGAAGACCAAGAACCUGCUACUAAAGCAACGUAUUCACAGGUUUCCUCUGAACCUCCUGACAGCCUUAAGAAUGGACCUGUUAUCAUCCAACCGGUACAGACGGAGCUUUCUGCAAACAGUGACACAGUGGAUGCAAGAGUGACUGUUGGCCUGGACAAUGCAGCUGUUUCUUCCCAGAAAACAAUGGAGAUAAGCUCCAACUCCGAGGCCAGUGGAAAUAAUCUUGGGAAAGAAGCCAAACCUAUUCCGCCAGCUGCCAAAUCUCGUUUUGCCUUUGCAUUUUCACGGUCUGUACCAGGACGUACUGAAGCGCAGGCGACAAAUUCAUCCCUUGGAUCAGCUCAACUUGAUGUCAGCUCAGAGGCGGCUCAAGCAAACAAAGCAUCGAGUGAAAACGGGGAGCUUUCAGUCGCAGCUGCCACAGAGAAAGCUUCUGAUAAAAACCUAAGUGAAGCAUCUCAUAGUGAAAUUGAACUCUCCGCACCAGCUAAAGAGGAGGAUGUCCCUUUACCAAAGUCCAAAGAGUUAACUUUUUUGGACAGGCUCUUCAAAUCGGAAAAAGGAAGACCUAAGAGCAGGCAACAGGAGCAAAAUCAACAGGAGGUGACCGACAGCUGUCCAGGUGUAGGCAUCCCCUCAGAAGAACCUGCAGGAUUAAAAAGCACCUCGGAUCAUGAAUCACAGGGAAAGGAUUUAGUAGAUGAACGCAACCAAACCAGUCUGCAACAGGAUAUAGCAGUUUCCAAUUGCUUGGCCUCUGAGGAUCUUGCCCAAGAAGAGAGAAAAACAGAGGACACUAAUACAGCAACUAAGACAGAUAAUAACAUCAUGAGCUUCUUCAAAACACUGGUUUCACCAAGCAAAGCUGAUUCCAAGUGUGAAACGGAGGAUAAGGGAUCUCAAACAGGCCAUGGUGGGCAGCUUGCUGAGAAGACGGCGACUGACUCCCUUGUCAAAAGCACCAAGAAAAAGAAGCCAGACAGCCCCCGAUUAGGACAUAGUACAUUUAGCAAACUGUUUAGACAUAAGGCAAAAAAAGAUGUUCCACAGACAGCAAAUACCAAGCCAACCGAACAGCCUGUCCCCGUUGUCCCUGUUACAAAACCGGAAACAAACGUGCCUCCAGCUCAGGAAAUUCCAGCAGUGAAGCCAAUUGUCAUACCUCCAGAAGCUCCAGUACAACAACCAGCCCCAGCAGUUGUGGUUGUCACCAAUGAAGCUCCCAAGGAGAUAACCAAGGAAAGAUCUUCUUCUACUCCCACACCUCUAAGUAAAUUCUUUUGGAAAAAGACCCCCACAGAUGACAUAGAGGUGAUAAACACCGAGAGAAUUGAAGCAUCUCCAGAAGUGCCAGUGAAAGAUGAAAGAAGGAGCCAGGAAAUUGCAGAAACCAAGUCCAAAGGAGAGGAGAGACCUACCAAAACCAAUUUGAGAAAAUUCUUUAAACUGUCAGUCAGGAGUGACACAGGGGUAACUCCUCCUGAAAUAAAUGGGUCAGCACCUGAUCACCAAACCCUGGACUUCACAGACAGACCUUUGACCCAGGCUGAGACUCGAGAUUCUGCAAGCAAAGGGAGCCGCAAGAAUUCCACGGACAACCUAAACAAGUCGCAAGAGAUCUCCCAGAAAACCAAGGAUCCACAAGAGUCCGGACAAGAAGAAGCAGCCGAGAUAGACUCCCUUCAGAAUGGAGAGGAUGCAGCACAACAAAGCCCUCUCAAGCGAAUGGAGAAGCGACAGACCCUCGGAGCGUUUUUCAAGGGCCUUAGUCCCAAACGGAUGUCAGAUGCUGGGGUACAAACAGAUCCUGUGUCUAUCGUGUCUAUCGUGAAACCCAAAUAAUUAACAACUGGAAGUCUCUGAAGAAUCACUGGAUCACCGUUACUUUUCCUCCUUUCAGGACAGAAAGAAAAAAGAAAUGAUUGGUAUUGUUUAUCCCCCCCCCCAAUCUCUCCUUCCCUUCUUUUCGCGGCUGUAGCAAACUAGGGGCUGAUAUACAAAUCCAAGGUCAUUCCAAGUAAGAUGUUUUGUGGAUUGUCUGUUUCUACUACCAUCUACCCACUGCUUCUCCCACUGCUUCGCCCACCCUCACUGCAGUUCAGUCUGUUGAAUCACCACAUAUAUUUUCUUUCCUGCUGCAAUGAUCGUGAUACCUUCCAUGGGAUGACCACGAGGUAGAUUGAUCUACUCCAGUGUUCUCAUUGGUCAUGCAUUCAAAAAGGCAGCAUCUGAUUGGUUUACCUACCUGACAUUCCUUCUUCUAACCCAGGGGUCGGCAACCUUAAACACCCAAAGAGUCACAAAGAUCCUAACCGGAAGCCUCCCCAUUCAAUUCUGGAGCCGACCGGAAGUCUGCUUCCCCCACCAUAGAGUCUCCUCCUAGCGCAGCGUCAUUUUUCCUCUACCAGUCCUAACCGAAAGCCCUAUAAAAUUGUAGAGCCAACCAGAGACAAGGAACCGCAGCAGAGGGAUGAAAGAGCCACAUGCAGUUCCAGAGCCACGGGUUGCCGAUCCCUGUUCUAACCCAUAGCAAUACAAUGGAAUGGUAGGGGUGCAGCCUGGGCUAAGAUCCAAAUUAAACACUAUCAAACCUACUUGCUGCCCUGAAUGCUAAUAUAUGCUUUGAGAGACUACCAAUUGCGGAACAUAUUCUCUUAAAAGUUAAAAAAAAAUAACAAAAGCUUACAAGGGCACUAAGAUUUAAAGGGAGUUCAGCAUCCAGGACAUCUGGUAGAUUUAUCAAAACCCAAAAGCGGAUAGACAUUACCAGUAUGGGGGAAUGGGUUAAGAUUUGUUUCAUUCUUUUUUCUGAAUCCAAAAAAACAAAACCAAUUUUUUUUAAAAAAAACUGGAAAAAGCCUGCCUACAAAUGUAUAUGCAUUAUGCAUUUCUAAUAUAUAUGUGUUACUAUCCUGAGUUCAUAAUGGGCUUCAUUUAGGCACUGAUAUUUCCUAUACUUUGCUGCAUUGUAUGCAAUUAUCUCUGCAUCUUUUUAGCUGCAAAUCAUGUCACGGGAUUGUGCAAAGUGUGGAUAGUGAUGCAGAAGAAACAACUCAGAAAAAGUGACCUGCAUACCGUAUGUUUGUAUUUUUAAAAUUGAAGAAAAUGCAUUUCUCCUCCAUGCCUACCCAAACUCCAUGAAAUGUAACUCUAUCCCAAUUUUCUUCAAAUGUCCUUGUUUUAAGAGAGGAUCAUCUUAGGACAUCUAAUUGUAGAUCCUGUGGUCCAUUUAGCACUUCAGAGCCCUGUUAGAUGAGAACAGCAGAUGAAGACUGAUUCAACUUUUUGCAAGUCACAGAUUUUAUUAAAACAUGUAAACUUUCAUGAGUGCGACAGUAGCUCGUCAAAGCUUAUAUCUUUCCAUAAAACUGGUUAUUCAGAAAAGAUGCUAUCAGAAACCUCCGGAUUUUUUGAUUACCAUAGACUAGCCCAACUCUCUUUCUACAAUUAGAGCAACAUAUAAGUCCCAGUAAAUGUAGUUUCAUGAUUUCUGAUUGCCGAAAAUUAUUUGCAAUUACUCAGAACCAGUUUGCAGUAUGAAUAAAUUUGGAAAGUGUCCUCUUACUCAAAUUAGAAUAUCAAUCUUGGAUCAUCUGUCUUAGUUUGCCCAGUUAUGCAGAGAACACCAUUUGCAUAUGUUUGCAAUUUGCUUAUUUUCCAGUCAUUUGCAUAAUGUAAAUUCAGUUUCCUUGCUCUGUGAGAACAUGAUUGGAUAUAGAAACAUGAAGAAAAUUAAUGGGUAAUGGCUGUUAGUGUACUAACUAAUGCCAUUUGAAUUGAUCUAUAACAAACAGGGGCAUCUGUAUAGUAGUGGCCAAAAUUGUGAAAACCUUUUGUUAAAAGCAAUGCAUGGCUAGUCCUCAACUUACGACCACAAUUGAGCCCAAAAUUUCUGUUGCUAAGCGAGACAGGUGUUAUGUGAAUUUUGCCCAAUUUUAUGACCUUUCUUGUCACAAUUGUUUAAGGGAAUCACUGCAGUUGCUAAGUUCGUAAUUUAGCUUGUCAAAAGAUGACAAAAGAUGAUCGCAUAACACGAGCACAUUGCAACAUCAUAAAUAUGAGUCAGUUGCAAAGCAUCUGAAUUUUGAUUACAUGAUUGUGGAGAUGCUGCAAUCAUUAUAAAUGUGAAAAAACCGUCAUAAGUCACUUUUGCUAGUGCCAUUGUAAUGUCAAAGAAUUACUAAAUGAAUUGUUGUAAAUUGAGGACUACCUGUACAUACCCGAUUAGGAUCUGAAAAUAUUUCAUGCUUCACAUGGGUAAUCUGGGGUUAAUUUUAAUUGUAGCUAGGAACAUUGUGGUUUAUAGUAAAACAGUAGUACUAAUGUGGAGAUAAAUAUUAGAAUAGAAUGGAAUGGAAUGGAAUAGAAUGGAAUGGAAUAGAAUAGAAUAGAAUAGAAUAGAAUAGAAUAGAAUAGAAUAGAAUAGAAUAGAAUAGAAUAGAAUAGAAUAGAAUAGAAUAGAAUAGAAUAGAAUAACAGAGUUGGAGGGAACUUUGGAGGUCUUCUAGUCCAACCCCCUGCCCAGGCAGGAAACCCUACACCACUUCAGACAAAUGGUUAUCCAACAUCUUCUUAAAAAUUUCCAGUGCUGGAGCAUUCACAACUUCUGCAGAAAAAAAUGCUUUUAGAAGCCUCUGACGAUCAGGCAACUCAGCUGGGAUCGUCAGAGGCUUUUAAAAGCAUUUUUUUUCCUACAACCUCUUCGGCCUAAGAGGUUGCAGAAAAAAAUACUUUUCAAAGCCUCUGACGAUCCCAGCUGAGCCGGGCGAUCAUCAGAGGCUUUUUUUUUUACUUUUAAAAGCAUUUUUUCAGCUGAAGAGGUUGUAGAAAAAAAUCUUUUAAAAGUAAAAAAAAUAAGCCUUUGAUGAUCGCCCGGCUCAGCUGGGCAAGGGGGGGGCAGGGAUUUUUGCUACCGGUUCUCCGAACCACCCGCUGCCAUCGCUACCGGAUGGGGCUAUCCAGUCCGAACCGGGAGCAUUUCACCCCUGGUUUAGAAGCAUAUUUCAAGCCACACUUUCAUAUCUCCUUUUCUAGGUCACCCUUAUUUGUAGUUUUAUCAGAUAACAAUGCACACUCAUUGACAUCAAUUGUCAAUGACGAGCUGAGCCAUUAUGUGAUGUUUGCAAAUGCAGGUAUGGGGAGCGAUUGAGCAGAGUAUGAAAGGUUGCAGUUAUAAAGAUAAUAUAAUGUAAGAUUCAGUGGACAGUGGAGUUUAUAUUUGAGUAGGUUUCUUAGGGUUGUAGUAGACAAUUAGAAAAGGAUGAGAUUAAAAGGUUUUUAGUUAGAUGUAUAUUACAGGUAGUCCUCGAUUUACAAUCACAAUGGAGCCCAACAUUUCUGUUGUUAAGUGAGACAUUUGUUAACUGAGUUUUGCCCCAUCUUACCACCUUUCUUGCCACUGUUGCUAAGUGAAUCACUGCCGUAGAUAAAUUAGUAACCUGGUUGUUAAGUGAAUCUGGCUUUCCACAUUGACUUUGCUUGUCAGAAGGUCGCAAAAGGUGAUCGCAUGACCUUGGGACAAUGGUCAUAAGUAUGAAUCAGUUGUCAAGCAUCUGAAGUUUGAUCACAUGAUCAUGAGGAUGCUGCAGAAGUCGUAACUGUGAAAAACGAACAUAGGUCACUUUUUUCAGUGCCAUUCUAACUUUGAACAGUCGCUAAAUGAAUUGUUGUAAGUCAAGGACCUCCUGUAUAUGAUCAGGGGGAUCCUCUUUAAAUGGUACCAUUUUCCAGGGAAAAAGAUAAAAUGAAAACCCCAAAAACCUCCAUUGCAAGUUGUAAUCUAAACUAUUUUCAAAACACAGGAACGUACAACAGUUGGUUACAACCAGUGCCCCAUUGUUGAUCAUGAAUACCAGGGCUGCAUUCAUAAUUUUUUAAAGGCAUUUUUGAAAUUGGUUUUCAAAUGAUUUCAGGCAGUUCUCAAGUUACAACUACAACUGGGACAGAAUUCCCAUCACUAAGUGAGCUGGUUGUAAAGUGAGUCUCGUGCUCGAUUUUAUGACUUUUUCUGCCAGAGUUGUUAUUCGAAUCUGGCUUAAUUGAAUUUGACUUUGUCGUAAGGUUGCAAAUGGUGAUCAUGUGACUCUGGGACACUGCAACCAUUGUGAUUAUAUGCCAGUCGGUAAGUGUCUGGAUUUUGAUCAUGUGACUUAAUCGUCACAUGAUGGUCUUAAGUGCAAGGACUGGUUAAAAGUCAUUUUUUCAGCAUCAUUGUGACUGUAAAUGGUUGUCAAACAAUGGUUGUGAGUCUACCUGUAAUUCUAUUGAAAAAGCUGAAAUUUACAGGAUUUCUCACUAAUUCUCAUCUAUUUCUGUCUUCAUGUAAUGAAAUGCAAGAAGUUUACUUCUCAAAAGUAAUUAAAGUAUUAACCAGAAUCCAACACAAGGGGGCAGUAUGGAGGCCCUUUUAUUACUAACCUAAAGGACAUAUUUACUUCUGUGUUAUUAAUAUAAUUUGUGUAUUGUGCAGGGGAAGAUCAGAUUGUUAGGUUAUACAAUUAUAUGAUUUCUUUUUUAAAAAAUGGAUUGGAAGAACAAAUGCAAAUUAUAACUGAUUUACAAACAUUCUGUGGUAAGAACUUUUUAUAGCACAUCUAUGCUACAUAUACAAACACAUUCUAUUCAUUAUUGUAAAAGUAAGGAACAGGAAGACUAAUGUUAUAAUUUAAACUAGCACCUGAAUUUUAAAUACUUGUAUAUUUUGAUUUCCUUCUGAUUCAAUAAACAUUAUUUAAGAAAACCUA